AUGAAGUUCUCCAGCCUCUUUCUGCCUACUGUCUUCGUCUCCGCCGUGUACGGCAAUGGCUUUGUCGAGAGACGCGCGACCAAGCAAUGCAACCCCGGAAAUAACUGCCAACGCGGAGUCGGAGGAACAGCCGGCGUGAGGCCUCCUCUAACCAGCCGUCAGGCCGACUGCUCAAGGCUCAAUGUCGUGACAGUCAGCCCUUCCACUACUACCACCACCCUCACAACGACUGUCACCAUCGUCAACAUCCCGAAUCCGACAAGCUUCAAACGUGCCGUGACUCUCCCCACCGCUGAGGUUGCGAAGCGUCAGGAUGUCGGCGCCGCCACGAUCACGCCCACGGCAGUCCCCACCUACGCGACAUACUGCUCCUCCGCCUCGGCCUACUACAGCGCCUGUUCGUGCGCUGGCAUCACGGCUGUCACCACCACUUUGCCUACCCCUACCGCUACCGCUUACAGUACCGUCUCGGUCUGCGUUGCCAUGAAUCUGGCUCGCAGGGCGCUGGAGGGAUUUGGGUACGAGGUUGAGCCCGAUUUCGACGCCAUCAAGUACCCCGGAUUCAGACUUAUCUGA